AUGACAGUGAAGUUGGUGGAUGCAACCAUUUCAAGCUUUGGCAGUGCGUUUGAGAAAUUCAAAUCAGAAGCACCCAAAAACAAAGCUAAUCUCAUCCUCUUCUUGGCUGAUAAUGAUCCUUCUACCAAUCUCAGUUGGUGCCCUGAUUGUGUGAGGGCUGAACCUGUAAUAUUGAAGAAGCUGAAAGCAUUGCCAGAUGAUGUGGCACUUCUGCGAGCUUAUGUUGGAGAUAGACCAACAUGGAGGAAUCCCCAGCACCCCUGGCGAGUAGACUCAAGGUUCAAGCUUACAGGAGUUCCUACAUUGAUCAGCUGGGAGAAUGAUGCAGUCAAAGGUCGCCUCGAGGACUAUGAAGCUCAUCUUGAACACAAAAUCAUUGCCCUUGUUUCUGGGAAUUGA